GACCUUCCCACCCACAAAUGCUUGCUACUUCUAUAAAUAUAUUGUAUUUCCGAACAAGUUGAGAGCACAAUAAGUUAAGAGAUGACAAUGCUUAAUCAGGGAAACCAAUUCUCUAGCUUGAUUAUACUCUAUGCCAUUUUCUCUCUAUCUUCUCUCAUGCUAAAAUCUGAAGGAACAGAGCAUAUAGUUGGUGACAGCAGUGGCUGGGAACUCUUUACAAACUAUACCAACUGGACACAGGGAAGAGAGUUUCAUGUCGGUGAUGUCUUAGUAUUCAACUACAAAAGUGACCAGCAUAAUGUUAUGCAAGUUAACUCUACAGCAUACACAGAUUGUGGAAUAGACAACUACACAUCUCUCUUCACCAAAGGCAAUGACUCAAUAAUCAUAUCAGAAGUUGGAGAGUUAUGGUUCAUCUGCGCAGUGGGUGAUCACUGUGAAAAUGGCCAGAAGCUAAGCAUUAAUGUAGCUCCUUGAGUACCGUAAUAAUUAUAAAUGAUAGGCAGCUUGUUGUUUGGGUAGUCUUUAGUACCUAAAUAAUGUCUUUAACUUGGAUAAUAUCAUCUGAAUAAUAUAUAUACAGCGCAAUGUCAUUACCU